GUUGUAUAUUUAUCGCAGCUGUCAAAGUGUAUUGUCAGUUUGAACGUCAAAACAAGCAUUUUUCUUGCACAUUUUUACAAAGAUAUUAAAAUUUACUUAAAUUAGUAAGUUUAUAUAUGACGCAAAUAAAGAAAUGUUAAAACGUAACGUUUGAGUAUACAAGUUGGACUCUUGUCAACAUUUUUUACGAAUCGCGAUAACCUACCACAACACAGAAAUACGCAUAUAAAAACACAGUACAGUGGUUACACGUUUUUUUAGGCAUGACCUAACCUAUAUGACAUAGCAAAAAUGUUGGAAGGAUUAGCUGCAUGGGUUUUAAACAACUAUCUUGGGAAAUAUGUAGAGAAUUUAAAUACGGAUCAAUUAAGUAUAGCUCUUUUAUCAGGUCAAGUUGAACUUGAAAAUUUACCAUUAAAAAAAGAUGCAUUACGACACCUUGGAUUACCUAUUGAAAUAAAAUCGGGAUUUAUUGGAAAAGUGAAAUUGCAGAUACCAGUGAGGUUAAUUAAAUCUGCACCAUGGGUGAUUCAAAUUGAACAAUUAUAUGUUGUUGCAUCUCCAUUACCAGUGCAAGAGUGGGAUAGUGUUGCUGAAAAAUUAGCAUCACAAGAAUUAAAAUUAAGUGCUUUAGAUAAUUUUGAAGCCAAAUGGAGAUUAGAAACUGAAAGUAAAGAUCAAUCUACUUAUUACGCAUCUACUUAUUCUUCUUGGUUAAGUUAUGGAACUGGGGUGAUCACAAAUAUUAUUGAUAAUCUCCAGUUAAAGAUUAAAGAUGUUCACAUACGAUAUGAAGACAAUGUUAGUCUUAAUAACAAAGCGGCAGCUUUUGGCGUUACAAUGGAAACACUGUCGGCCCAAAGCUCUGAUGGAUGGACCACACAAUGGGAUAGUGCAACCUCUUCAUUUAAGUUACUUGAAAUGCAAAAAUUGGCUGUGUAUUGGAUUGAUUUAGAUUUAGAUAAAGUUUUUUCGAAAAUGUCACCUGCAGAAUUAGCUUUGGCUAUGUCACCCGGACAGGACCACAUAUAUGGCAAUCAUUACAUCCUUUCGCCAGUAAGUGCUCAAGCGCGCAUACAAAGAAAUCGUAGUGAAAAACCUCUAAGAUCUAUUGAUACACCAAGAAUAACGUGUGAUUUACAAUUAGAUGAGGUUCCAUUAACUUUAAUUGACUGGCAAUAUGAGCAAAUAGUAAAAUGUACGAGGGGUUUGGAUGAUAUCGCUAGGCUUCGUAGUUAUAGGGAGUAUAGACCAAAUUGUUCAGUUUCUGAAGAUGCUCACGCUUGGUGGGUCUAUGCAAUUAGUUGUAUGUAUCCAGGAGGGCAACCAAAUAUAUGCAAACCGCAUCCAACGUGGGAGUCAUGUUUGGAACGCGCCAAAGAAAAUGUUGCUUACACAAAAUUGUAUAAAAAGAUACUUGUUACUCCUACAAUAACACUAACUGUAGAAGAAAAAAAGGUUAAAGAUAAUGUUGAAUGGAUAAGGGAUGUUGAAGAAAUAAAAAUUCUAAGAGAGAUUGCCAUGAAAUCUGUACCAUCCCAACCACAAUCUACAAAUCAAAAUAGUGCCGCUGGACGUGGAGUUUUAGUUCGUUGGUUUCCUCAAUGGAUGGGUUGGUAUUCUUCAGCACAAGUCGAAACAACGCAAAGUAAUGAAGCAACACAAUUAGAGGGCGAAAUUCUUAAAGCGCUUUCUGAUUCGUUUGAUGACAACACAAUUUUAAAACGUGAUGUUGUUUUUGGUAAAUUUAGUUUUUCAUUAAAGAGUGGUUUGAUUAGUUUAUGCAGUACCAAAGAUAAUUCAAGAGAAAGUAUACCAAUGAUUGAGUUAGAAUUUAAAAAUUUAAGUUUAAACAUCACAAGUAAACCAAGGUCGACAUCACAUAUUGUCGAAUUAUGUUUAGGUGGAAUGUAUUUGAAAGAUAAAAUAACAUCUAAUACUAUAUUUCCAACUUUAAUUGGACCACCAUCGCAAGAAAGAUCGUCUAUGAUAAGAUCGAGAGGACCAAGUCCAAGAGUGAGUCUUAUGUCUAGUAAUGAAGACUUGUUUUCCUUGGUUUAUGAGAAAUGUCCUAUUAAUUCAGGCUAUGAUUAUAAAUUAUCAGUUAAAACAAAAUCGCUUGAUGUUGUUUAUCAACCAGCAGCAAUAAAGUGGCUUUUAGAAUUUUUAUUUAAUCCCCAUCAGCGCAUCAUAACUCAUUCAAGAAUAGAAGCGAUGAAAUCAAGGACAAAAAAGGGAUUGAUAAAGAAUUGGGAGCAAAUGUUAGAUGGGCGAGUUUUAGUAAGAAAGAUCUGGGAUUUACAAUUAGAUAUCUCAGCUCCACAAAUAUUCUUUAUAGAAAAAUUUAAUGAUCAGAAUUCAUCAAUGGCAGUUAUAGAUUUUGGUAGAUUUCUUGUAAAUAAUAAACCACAAGAUGUAGUUAUACCUGAAAUUGUUACUAAAGAGUUAGUCACCAAAGAAUCUGAAGACGAUGAUAUGUUUGUAACUCCAUGUUCAACACCCCCAGUCAGUGAAGAAAGUGAUUCAGCAUCGCCAAAUACUUUAAACGCCGUUGAAUACGCUGAUAUUCUUAAUGAAUCAACGUUACAUGAUAAAAUCUACGAUCGAUAUAACGUGGAAUUAACAGAUAUGCAAAUUUUAAUUGGUAAAGUUAAGGAUAAUUGGAGAUAUGCGCAUAAUAAGGGGUCAUCUACAAUGCAUGUUUUGGAUAGAUUUAACAUUUCUUUACAAUUAGAAAGAAGAGUUGUGCAUACAACAGAUCCAUCAUUUCCUAGUCUUACUUUAAAUGCAAAUCUUCCAAAAUUAGUGGCCCAUUUAAACGAAAAUAAAAUUUCCGCCGCCAGAACUUUAAUGCAAAUUAUUACAACAACUGGUCUUCCAUCGCCUUUUAACAUAAAUGAUAAUUCGAUGGAAGAAUUUAUUGAUGUACAUGAUGAUGAUGAAAGUGAGAGUGUUGAUACUAGUGUGGAAUUAUCCAGAUUGUUAAUGGUUCAAUUUACCAUUGAUCACAUGGCACUUGAAGUACAAAGCAGAGGAAGAAGUGUGGCUGAAUUACAAGUUACUGGUGUUAAGGUAGCAUUUACUAAACGACCAGUUGAUAUUGGAAUUACCUUAACUGUACAUGGAUUACUUCUGGUGGAUGCUUUACAAACGUUUGGGCCAGAUUUUGAACUUCUUGUUGCCAGCCAUAAACAUGUUGGAAUGGAUUCAAUGUCGGGAAGUUUACGUGACAGCGAACCUACGUCUCCAAUGUCGCCUGGUAGUCCAGAUCCAAAUGCUUAUAGACCACAAACAACAUCACCUGUUGCUUUAUCACAAGCACUUUCAUCAUUAGCUACAUCUCCGCCUUUACAUCAAGUAUUACAUAUGACUCAUCAUCGUGUUGGUAACUUUUUAGAUGCAGAAGCUUUGAUUAGCAUUGAAAUUACACUUAUUACUGGAGCUGAAUCAAUGCAAUUUGCUAAUAUACAAUUCAAUAAUCUGGAUAUUAUUGCAAAUCAAGAAACUAUAGUUGAAUUAAUGGGAUUUAUUCGAAGAGUAUUUCCGGAUAUGAAAUCACAAAAACAGCAACCAAUGAACAUAGCAACUGCUUUUACUAGUAUGCAAAAUUCAUCUGAAUCAAUAUUAGAAGACAGCUCUAAAAUGAGUAGAACAGAAUUAGCUUUUGAUUUUCACCGUUUAAACGUUUUACUUCUACGUGGGGUUUACAAAGAUGGGUCGGUUCAAGGAAAAAAAAUUUGUACCGCUACGCUGAGUGAAGCUAAAAUACAAACUACAGUUGAUAAUGGAAUAACGAUUGAAGGUUCUUUGGGAGGCCUUCAAGUUCUGGAUUUAACUCCAGAAGGGCAUAUGCAUCAACGCAUUGUGAGUGUUGGUCAUGAUCCCGUUUUAGAUUUGGUACAUCCUUUAUACGUUAUGUCGCAAAGUAUUCAAGGGGAGGAACGAAAAGCUUUAAAUUUUAAAAUUAUUAGAAGCCUACACUGUAGUAGGGAAGGUGAUGAAGCGGAAAUUAUUGUUAGAAUGGCUUCGUUAUGGUACACACAUUCACCACAAUUUUUAAAAGAAUUGCAAUCUUGCGCGACUGAAUUUAAACAAUAUUUAUCUCAUCUUGCAAAGUCAAUUAAAUCAGCUGCUACUGAUAUGGCUUUAGGGCUUGUACACGCAAGAUUAUCUGCAUCAAUUUAUGGGUCAGCUUUGUCGUUUUCUGAUUUUGCGUCACCUCGAAGACGAAGAAGAAGCAGUUCAAUGGAACAAACUUAUUCUGGAUAUUCAUCAGUAAGAGAUACGAUGCCUCAAACUCCUUAUAGUCCAGAGGAAGAUUCAGAAUUCAUGAUAAACAUCAAAUUGGAUGUUGUAUUAGAUAGCCCUGUAAUAAUCAUACCGAGAUCAAGCAAUAGCCCUCAAGUUUUUAUUGGGCAUCUUGGUAAAAUUACCCUUACAAACAACAAACCGGGCGAUGAACAUAGCGAUGAUUUACAAGACGUUCGACAAGAAAAUUACGAUAUUGAAGUUCGUGAUAUGAACAUUUACUCUUUAGAUACAACUUCUAGGAGGGUUCCUGGACCUCUCAUGUCAAGGCCUGAAGUUGUUUAUUCUUGUGAAACCUUAGCUAAACCAAUGUUGCAUGAUACCAUUUUACAAUUAAACAUUUUAAGGGAAAUUGUUAAAACGAAACCAUCAAGACAAGAAAGCAAUUCUAAUUUGUUAUUGGAUGAUGAUAAUUUAACUGAUGAGUCCUUAGAGUCAGAUGCUACAAAUAUUUCUGAAAGUAUUAUGAUAACUGGAAGUAUAAUAACAGCGUUAAAAGUUUCAAUGGCGAGAUACCAAUAUGAACAAUUAAUAGAUACAAUCACCUGGUUAAUGAGGCCACAAACCAUUUCGGAAGGGGUAGAUGUAACUGAUUCAAUAUUAAGACCAUCUACUACUCUUACAGAUAUUCGAGAAGAAGACACAGGUGUUCCCACCUUAAAAAUGGAUCCGCAUGUAAGAGCGAAAUUAUUUCCAAAUAUGACAAUGCCAAGAAAUCAACAAGCAGUUACUAAUAAAAGAUUGAUUGCUGUAAAAGUUCAAUUUGGAAUUCCAAAUUUUAUUGUGGAAUUAAGAGGAGAUACACACACUGGGGAGCAAGGAUUAGUUGAUCUUUCUUUCAGGGAAUUUUUAUUUAUUUAUGAAAAAUUUCAUUUAUACGAAACAAAUAUCCAGGUUUCUUUACGAUCUAUUUUAAUGGAAGAUUUAUUACAACCAGAGGGAUCAAAACAAAGGGCCAUGGUCGUUUCAUCAGCUGGGGACGAAUUACCAGUCGGUUUGAAUUGCAUAUCAAGAUCGUGUCCAGAUAUUACAGACAGCUUAUACAUCUCAAAUCCAGUCAGGGGAUCUUUACCAUCCGAUCUGCAACAUUCUAGAAUUUUAGGUGUUAAAUCUAAAAAUGUUAAUAUGCCAAAAACAAAUCCUGAAUAUCCGUCUACUCCACCACCUUCGCCAAGUGUUCGUGAUAGGCCGCACAAAAAUUUAGCGUUGAUAUCAACUUUGUUGGUAGAUCCAAGCGCUCCAAAUUUUAAAUCUUACUAUAAUUCGCUUGAACGAUCUACAUCGAUUGAUUUUAAUUGCUUGGAUCUUGUAGUUAGUGUAGAAUCUUGGGUAUUAGUCAUCGAUUUUUUUAGCGCUUCCUCCCCUGAAACGGUUUCGGUGGAAAAUAUAGUUCAACGUCAAUCCUCACCUGAAGUUAUUAAAGAAAGCACAACUCAUUGUGCAGAAACAAACAUAUCUGUGAGAUCAUUAACUGUUGUGUUAGUAAGACCAGAUCGCGAUAUUGCAAGGGCGAAUAUUUCCCAUUUAGAUUUAUCGGUAAAGAAUAUCGGAUUGCGUAAAGAAGUCGAAGGCAAAUUGGGAUCUAUUUCUCUGUUUGAUUUAACGUUACAUGGACAAUUGUAUAGGGAACGAUUUUUAACAUCUGGAAAACAGGUUUUAAACUUCCAUUAUGUGAGAUAUGCCCCAUCGGAAAUAGAACAGUAUGAAUGCCAAUUAAAAUUAGACAUGUCAUCGAUUUUUUAUGUUCACACGAAGAGGUUUGUAGCGGAAGUAUCCGCAUUUUUUAAUUAUUUUACAAAAUUACAAGCUGUUAUGGCUGGAAUUAGAGCUGCUACAAGUGGACAAAAGAUGGAAGAUGAUAAAUCGCGAUUAUCUUUAAUUAUAAAAGCUGAUUCUCCUGUCAUUCUUCUUCCUGUUAGUUCAAAAAGUGCGGAUUUAUUGAUAUGCGACUUGGGUCAACUUGCUAUAAGUAACGACUUUAAACUUAGUAAUGAUGUCGGGUGUAUAAGUAUACCAAAAGAUCCUCAAAAAGGAAAAUGUUUAUUAAAUGUGAUGUAUUUGGAACUACAAAACGUUAAUUUACACACUGGGAAGAGAGAGAUUGAUUGCAGUAGUUCUAAUGAACGAUUAAAUUACGGGGACUAUUUUAAACUUGGAAGUUGCACAGUGCGCAAACAUGGGACCCCAAUUUUAACAAAAGCUUGCCAUUUAAAGCUGCAAGUCGAAAGAAAUUUGGAUUGUUUAAUUUGUCACAAUGUUCCUGAUAUGAGUAUUCAUGGUGAAUUAUCAACACUUGAUGGGACACUAAAUGAUUAUCAAUACAAAUUAAUUCGGGGUCUUUUAACAUAUAAUAUAGGGGAAAACACUGAACAUAUUUUACCAUCUGUUGAACCUCCACCCAUGACUGCUGAGGUUAAUAUUCGAGAAAAUUGGAAAUUAAGUUCAAUUCGUCUCGAUUUAUUAAACGUAAAUAUUCGCCUCAUAAAUCAAGGUCCACUUGCUUGCAUAAACUUUAUCAAAUCCCGCUUAACAAUCGACUCAUUCAGCAAUAUGAGCCAAGACAUCGACUUAGUCUCGCAAGAAAUCCUUAUUCGCGAUAGUAGAUUCGAAGACGCUCCAGUUAAUAAGCGAUCUAACGUUUUUACAAAUAUUUUACAACCUAUAAAGACUUCCAAAGAUAGCAAAAUCGUUCAAGUGGAAGUGCAUAGUCGGAAGAGGUUGGAUAAGUCCGAAUCAACUAUCUUAUUGAAUAAUAUGAGAUUAAUGGCCGUAUUUGAUUGGUGGGAAGCUGCGAAAGAGUUUAUAUUUCAAGAUAUAAGUAAUAUGCAGGGUAGUCCAGCACAUGAAAAACUCAUUGUUAAAACUAGUAAAAAUGAUGAUAAUAAUUUUGAAUUUAAACUUAAUGUUACUGAUUCGGAAUUGGUUGUUGUUGAAGAUACUUCUCAAUGGGAUACAAAUGCUGUUAUAUUAAAGAGUACAACUGUAAUAUCUUAUAGACCAGCAAUAAUCGAAAAACCAAUGUCUUGUAAUUUGAACAAUUGUGAAAUGUAUUCUUGCAUAUUAGGCAUGGAAGAUGAAACAGCGCUCUCUAUUAUUGAUCCUGUUACAUUAAACAUAGAAGUAAAUGCUGAUAAAGUGUUGGAGGUUCAUCUCCAACGAUUAAUUGUAAGACUUUCAUAUUACGACAUGCGUAUGUUUUUGCAAAUUUUAAAUUCUUUACCUAAACAAAUGUUUUCAAACAAAAAAGAAGUCGAAGAGCCGCCAGCUAAUAUUCAAACUCAAAUAAGAAAGCUAACAGCUCUAGGCUUUACUAUCGAAGAUUGUAUGCAUGCUUUAGAGUAUUGUGAUCAAAAGUUGGAUGACGCUGCCUUAUGGUUAACUCAAAAUGCUGUGCCGUCAAGCGCCCAUGAUAUUGAUGUAACGUCUGAGGCUGGAAAAGCGUCUAAUAUUUCUGCUGUUGAGGUAAAAGCUGAUUGUAUAUCUUUGUGUAUUAUUGAUGAUUGCGGCGAUGCAGACGUGCCGCUAUUAGAAUUAGCAUUAUCUAGAUUAAAUCUUCGACAAGGUCUUGUUCCAAGCGUUUCGUUUGAUGGUGGAAAUGAUUCGCAAGGCGCAAUGGAAUGUAUGUUAACUGGUGAUUAUUACAAUAGGGUGUUAUCUGGUUGGGAACCAGUUAUUGAGCCAUGGAAAUGUCUACUAAUUUGGAAUCGAAAUUUAUCACCGAACAUAUCGAAUCUUUUACAAAUGACUGUUGAAUCAAAAGAAGUUCUUAACAUUAAUAUAAGCUCAACUUUAACGGAUCUCUAUCGACAAGUUAAAACCAAUUGGAUGCAAGAUUUUUAUAACAACAAAGAUCCGCAUCAAACCGGUUCAAAACCUAUGUCCAGUCCUCCAGGUUACAAAAGAAGGUGUCCGUUCAUUCCAUUUGCAAUAAAAAAUGACACUGGAUCAGCUCUUAAUUUUACUACGUUAAUUUCCGACAUUAAUGAGCUAUAUGGUCGUAAAGGAAGUAAGAAUAUUGAAGAGAGAUGGAUUCCCGUACCGAAUGGAGAAACUGUUACGUUUAGAUUUAGAAGUAGCGGUAAAAUUCGUCACAGUGACACUCAUGUAAUGCGCAUGCAUAGGUUGGGGGUCCAAGUUGAUGGAUAUCAACCGGUUACACCCGUUACAGUGGAUAAAGUUGGUGUUUAUUUUAGAAAUUCAGUUCCUGCUAUACAACCUAGGAUUCAACAAGCUGUUCCACCUGCUAGAAUUGUUUUUGAUAUUUCUAUUGAGGGCUCUGCAAGAAAACUAAUCACAGUUCGUUCAGCAUUAUUGAUUGUUAAUAAAUUAAAGGAAGAUAUGGAAGUAAAAUUAGAAAGUAAUUUAGCAACUGAUUUAUUAGGUUCCCAAUGGACUCCUAGUAGGCUUUUAAUAAUAAAAAGUGGCCAAACAAUACCAGUUCCAUUAAUGCACGCACAUUCUUCUAUUACUGCAAGACCUAUAAUGUUGACUCAAAUGUCUACAUUCUCAACACCAUACAUUUCAUGGGAGUUAUUUAAUAAAUAUGGGGAAAUUGCAUAUGAAUUAAGAGUUUGUCAUUCAAGCAAAGGAAAAAUUUACAGAUUUUGUGCUGAAAUAACGAGGGAAAAUUAUCCAUUAGAUAGACCUGGAGCUUAUGCUGGAGCAACAUGUCAAAACAUUCAACCUGCUCAUACAAUAACUCUUUUACCAACAGUCCUUGUUGUAAAUUUAUUACCUGUUGAUAUUUCUUUCAAAAUGUGUGGUACAUCUGGUAGGGUGCGUUGUGGGAGUCAAUCAUCAGUAACUUUUAUUGACCCUGAAGAACUCAUCGAGAUGUAUUUGUAUUUGGAAAAUUUUCCUAAUUCAAACGCGCUAAUUAUACCUCCAAAUUGUACUGGGGCAACUUACCGAGUUAAAUUAGAAGAUAGUUUGAGACGCAGAUUAAAUCUUACAGUUACUGUCACACCAAACAAUGAUGCUAAAUUAAAGAUUACAGUUUCUGUUGGAUAUUGGAUAAUCAAUAAAACAGGAUUACCGUUAGUAUUUAGACAGGGUGGAGUCACUGCAGAAGCUGCAGGACAAUUUCGAGAACACGAAUCCGCCAGAAUGGUACAACCGUUAUUGUUCAGUUUUUCAGACCCCGAUGCAAGUCUUACUGUUAUGGCACGUGUUGGAUGUAACGUAAUAUUAGAUGGAGCACCACAAUGGUCUUCUAACUUUCAUUUACAAAAAGGAUGUCAAGUGCGUAAAUUAAGAGUGAGCCACAAAGAUGGUCGUCCUGACACAGUCUUUAUAAUUGGAAUUGAAAUUCGAAUAGGACGUGGAAAAUAUAGAGAUACCAGCAUUGUAAUUAUUUCACCAAGAUUUCAAUUAUAUAAUCGAACAUCUUACCAACUACUUUUUGCUCAAAAUUGCGAAGCUGUUGAUUGCUCAAAAUUGGAUGAUCCAAAAGUAUCACGACCGAUUAGAACCCAUUUAAAAGCGAUGCCCGAAUGUCAUAUGCCUUUCCAUUGGACUCGAUUUGAUAAAGAUCAAUUGUUAUGCGUCAUGAUAGUGGAUGUCUCCGAUUGUUGGUGGUCUGGCGGUUUAAAAAUCGAUCAAAACGAUUCGCUUCAUGUUAAUAUUCGAGAUUCUGGGGGAAGGAUGUACUUUUUACGUCUUGAAGUGGUGUUACAAGGAGCAACUUAUUUCGCUGUAUUCACUGACGCGGAUACAAUGCCACCACCAUUGCGUAUCGAUAACUUUUCGGAAGUUUCAAUAACGUUCGCACAAACUUGUUGCAAAGAAAUCGUUCACAGCGUAGCUAGGGCUCAUUCGAGCAUCCCAUACGCUUGGGAUAAACCAAGAGAGCCUCAUAAUAUUACGUUGGAAGCUCCUGGAGGGGUUAUUCAUACUUAUAAUAUGAAUAUUUUAGGACCUUCUGCUAGUUUAACAUAUGAGAAUUUUAUUUAUAUUGCUUUUACAGGUACUUUUAAAAGAUCAAAUGGAGCAGUUGAUCCAUUAGAUGUAGAAAGUCAAGAAUUGGUACUCGAUGUAGUAAAUAAAACGGAUGUGAUUUUAGCGAGAAAACAACAAGGUCAACGGUCCCAAUUGUGGAGAAUGACCUCGUUAGGACAAUUACAACACGAAGGAAGUAGCCCGCCAUCAGAUCCUCUCCAACCAAAGUCGGGGAAUAUUUAUGUGCUUGAUAUAGAAGGUCCAGCUCCCCAACCGAGUUGUUAUACUCGGUUGUGUUUGCGCAGAACGGAUCCGCGGAGAAAGUCGACUCAAACAUGGAGAUUUACGGAAGAAGGUCGCCUGUGUUGUGCGCAUAAUAAUAUGUGCGUGCAAGCGCAGGAUGGUUUUUUUGGUCUCAGACAAGGUAGUCCUGUAGCUUGCUGGCAGCAGUGGAAUUCGGCAGUAUUGGGUCUUCCACAACCAGUGUGUCACCGAACGAUGCAAAAUGGAGUUCCAUUAGAACAAGCUGUUUCUCGACAACGUAUGCGUCCGGGUUCUGGAUUUUUGGACGUUGAAAUCAGUACAGAUGGGCCAACAAAAGUCCUCAGUAUUUCGGAUAAAAAGGAUCAAAGGCAUAAAUUUGCAGUUAGCGAUGAAGGUGAUUGGAGCAGCAUUGCGCCAAAACAACGACCUGGUGUUGUCAAGACUAGCGAAGAUAUCGAAAAGAAAGAAAGUAAAGAGUUUCGAUUAACGGUGAAAUUAGCCGGAUUGGGAAUUAGUUUGAUAUCGAGAAAACCGCCGGAAGAAUUGUUAUUUACGAAGUUUUCGAAAAUAGUAAGCGAAAUUUUGUUCAUGGAUACAAAGAAACGAUUUUGUAUAAGUGUUGAAGAUAUACAGAUCGAUAAUCAGUUGUUGGAUGCUUCAACACCAGUAGUUUUACAUGUAACAAGGACAAAUUCAAGAAUGCAUGGCGAUCUUAAUUUACCCACUUUGGAUGUUGUAGCCGAAAUGUUACCUAUACUAAAUGAAAACGCAGUUAUAUUUAAACACUUUAUUGUAAAAAUGAACAAACUAACCGUUUAUUUAGAAGAAAGGCUUUUAUUAAAAAUAUUUGCUUUUAUUGGUUUUGAUAAUAAAGAAGAAGAUUUACACAACAUUGAUGAAACCGAUUAUGAAACUCAAAGAAUGCUUACUGACGUUUCUGCCGCUCAUUCAACGAGGUAUUAUUUUGAAACGAUUCAGUUGAUUCCAAACCAGAUACGUUUAAGCAUGCGGACUGCAAAUAAAUUAUCAUACAAGUUACAAGGUGUUAAACGAAAAUUGGGAUUAACAUUCAUUAAAUUUGAAGAUGCAGCUGUCGAUUUAGAACCGUUUAAAAGAGAUCAUUCGUUUGAAACUUUACAGUUCCUAAUUAAUGUUAUUAUGAAGCAUUUUAAAGAUGAAUUAAAAUGGCAAGCAGCUGUAAUUUUAGGUUCAGUUGAUUUCCUUGGAAAUCCGCUUGGUUUAGUAAGUGAUGUUUCUGAAGGGGUUAAUGGUUUUAUAAGAGAAGGCAACGUUGGAGCUCUUGUAACGAAUAUUGCACAUGGACUAUCUAAUUCUGCAGCUAAAGUGACGGAAAGUUUAUCUGAUGGGUUAGGAUUUGUUGCUAUGGAUGAAGAACAUGAAGAAAUGCGGCAAAGAAUACGCCAAGUAGAUAGUGGUCGCAGCAGAGAUCAUAUUUAUGCUGGUAUAAAAGGUUUAGGAUUUGGAGUAUUGGGUGGAGCAACGGGAAUAUUUAAACAAGUUUAUGAAGGGGCGGUAAACGAGGGGGUCCAAGGCGUUUUUUCUGGUAUUGGAAAAGGAUUGUUGGGUGCUGUGGCUAAACCGGUUGUGGGAGUUUUAGAUCUUGCUUCUGAAACAGCAAGAGCUGUACGGGACUCAAGUAGAGGAUCAAGCAGAUCAACUCCAGAUCGAUUAAGACCACCAAGAUGCGUAUUUGGUACUGGAGGAUUAUUACCGAGAUAUUCCUACAAACAUGCCAUAGGCCAACAAUAUCUUUACGCAGUAAAUAACCGAAAUUAUUCCGAACAAUUAGUAGCUUACGAUAGUUUACUCCCUGGAGUUGAAGAUUUGCACAUAAUCAUUUCUACGCAGCGAGUGAGAAUCAUUACAAAUAAAACGAAAACAGUUAUAGAGUGGCAUUUAAGUGAUCUACGAGAAUGUCGCACGUUAAAAGAAGAAGAAAAUAAGCACUAUAUUCAAAUUAUGAUGCACGUAACUGGCGGAAGCACAGAUUUAGUUUAUCAAGAUCCGAUUAAAAAACCAAAAGUUAGAUGCGAAUCUGCCGAACUGGCUUCAGUUGUAUCCCAACAAAUCAACUAUGCAAAGCGUCUCUUCGACGAGAGAUUGCAUACUGUUCAAACCGACAAUAUAACCAACUGUGAAGACUGAAAGUUAUAACUUUUUUUGGAUAGUUAUUCAUGAUUUUUGUACUACAAGAAAUGAUUGUAUGUAUAUAGUGGAAGUUUAUUUUUUGUUUGCAUAUUGUAUGAAAUAUAUUGCUGUAUAUAAACUGUUAAAAUAAAAUGUUUGUCUUACUAAAUUAUAAAUAAUGUAACUAACACAAUUUCAAAAAUGUUAAUAUACAGUCGAUUCCGUUUAUUUGGGACACUGGUUAA